AUGUCGCGCAUCCCGCUUCCCGUCCGUGAGGAAAGAUCUCCUAGCCCCUUGCAACCUUCUAGCAACUUACCACGAUCCACAUUCAUGUCCCAGAUGAGCAGCACCAGCAGCUUCCGCGAUGCUACCGAUACGCGCAAGCGUCAGUCCAAGCGCGACGAAGCUAUCCGCAAGAAGAUCGAAGGCGAGUUGCAACGCAAAUCCGGCAAACCUUCUACUCCUAUCUCGUCUCGGCGUACCAACAAGCACACCGCUAGGCCUCCCGCUGCCGCUGCCGGUACCGUCUCCGCUCUUCGACCUUUGCCUGCCCUGACUGUUCCUCAAUCCAUUAGUGUUGCUGAUGCCAGUCAACUUUGUGCUGCCAAGCGCACCGACUGUGUGCUUGUCGUCGAUGAAGACGAGCAUCUCGCUGGUAUCUUCACCGCAAAGGAUCUUGCUUUCCGUGUUGUCUCGGCUGGACUCGAUGCAAGGAACACCCCCGUAUCUGCUAUAAUGACUCGCUCGCCCAUGGUCACUCGCGACACCACCUCGGCCACUGAAGCUCUCAACACGAUGGUCACCCGUGGUUUCCGUCACUUGCCCGUCUGCAACGAAGACGGUGACGUCGUUGGUCUCCUCGAUAUCGCCAAGGUCUUCUACGAAGCUCUCGAAAAGCUCGAGCGCGCCCACGGCUCUUCACAGAAACUCUACAACGCCCUUGAAGGUGUUCAGAGCGAAUGGGGUGGCUCUGCUGGUCCUCAGCAGGCUAUGCUUCAGUACAUCGAGGCUCUGCGUCAGAAGAUGAGCAUCCCUGAUCUUUCUUCCAUUCUCGACUCGCGUACACUUCCUUGCUGCAUCGGUGUCCGCACCACUGUCCGCGAAGCAGCUCGUCUCAUGAAGGAGCACCACACCACCGCUGUUUGCGUCAUGGAGUCCACCGGCACAGGCCCUGGAACCGGCCAGAUUGGUGGCGGCGGUGCCGUUUCAGGCAAGAUCGCCGGUAUCUUCACUUCCAAAGAUGUCGUUCUGCGUGUCAUUGCUGCCGGUCUCGACCCAAAGACCUGUUCUGUGGUUCGCGUUAUGACUCCUCAUCCCGACACAGCCCUUCCUUCGCUCACCAUCCAAGAAGCUCUCCGAAAGAUGCACGAUGGUCGAUACCUCAACCUUCCCGUCGUUGACGUUGACAGCCGUCUUGUUGGUAUUGUCGAUGUGCUGAAACUUACCUACGCUACACUGGAACAGAUCAACAGCAUGAACGACGAACAAGGUGGAGCUGACGGUGGUGCAGCUGGUGGUCCCAUGUGGAACCGAUUCUGGAACUCGUUCGGUCAGUCCAAUUCUAUCGCUGGUGAUGACGAAUCUGCUGUCUCAGGAAGCAUGCGUCAUUCCGAGAGCCAGUUCGAACCUCCUCCCACGCCAAGCAAGGUUGGUGCUGGAAUUGCCGACAUUUCUUCGGAUCUGCACCCUAACGACUCCGCCAGUGCUGUUGGUCAGCCAGUCAACGGAGACGAUGGUGCCAGUGCUAUCGGUCUUCCUUCUUCAGCGGCUGCUGUCGAGGCCGAUGAUGGAACCUACUUGUUCAAGUUUGUCACACCUUCCGGAAGGACUCAUCGAUUCCAAGCGCGUUACGACAGCUACGAGACCAUCCGUGAGAUUGUCUGCAUCAAACUUGGCGGGGAUCCCUUCUUCGAGCCUGCCCCUGCAUCUUGCACCGUCGCUGCACCUGCUGCUACAGGGAAGGGAGAAGCAAAUGGCGAUGCCCACCCGCACCAGGUCCCCUCCAAUGCUGCCGCAGAGCUUCCAGAUCCUAACGACUUCCAACUAGCUUACACGGAUGACGAAGACGAUGUAGUCCUCAUCACAGCAGAUGGCGAUGUUCAAGACGCAGUCAAAGUUGCGCGUAAACAAGGCCGAGACCGAGUCGUGCUUCUUCUACAAGGCGGAAGAGGAUGGGAAGAAGCUUCUGCCGCCCGUGCUAGCUCUUCUGCUGUUGCUCAAUCCAACUCCGCACAAGCCGGCUCAGCGGCGGCGAGAAAGAGGAGGGAAGCAGUCGAAGCUCAACUGCAAAGCGUCGCUGAAGAAGAAGAUCAGGAACCAACCAAGACUGAUAAUGAGGAGGAGAAGAAAUCUACUCCUGCACGCAAGAGGAAACCCAAGGCAGGCGAGGAGGAGUUGCUUUUUGGAGUGUUGCCAAAAGAUCUUGCGCUCCCAGCAGCGAUCGGGUUCUUGGGUGUCGCAGUGCUGGCUGCUGUUGCAAUUACUAAGAGCGGCGGGGGUAAUGCUCGCUAA